CCGAUCGAGCAGGAGUCUUCCAUGAACGAACAUAUCGACGAGGCCGACGAUCUCUGCGGACGCCCGGAGAUCCCCUUCGAUUCGAAGAGCGUCGAGGAGGAAGAGAUCGAUCCGGCGAUCCCGCGAGGAGACGAAAGAACGUCCGAAGCGGAGGAGGAGGCGGCUGCGAGAAGCGAGGAGCUCGAGGACGGCCCGAGCCACCAUUCGGAGAUGCUCGCGGAGACGGUGAGCACGCAGGAGUUCCUCGACACCGAGCGGCGCGUACUGAACGAGGAGGCCGAGCAGGAAGCGCCGCCGCCGCAGAUCGUGGUGUCGUCGGAGAACGGCGAGGCCGAGCCGAUGCUCGAUAACGAGACGGCGGCAGAGUAUGCCAAGGACGUCGCGGAGGACGCGCAGAACCCGGUGGACGAGUCCUCGAGCGAGUUCUCGGCGUCCGACUCGACCUUCAUCGAGAAGACCGAGGUCGUCGUGUCGGACACGAGCGUGACCGUCUUCUCGGAGACGAAGCAGCUCGUCGGGCCGACGAUCGAGAUCCUGGACUCGUGGACGACAGUCGAGGAGGCCACGAAACCGGCCGACGUCGGGGAACGCGAAGACGCGCUACCGCCGGCCGGUGAGGCCGGCCGGCCGACAGCGGGAGACGAUAAUCACGAGGGAAAACCGGACGAUUCGCUCGCGCCCUCGUCACCCCGCGCUCCCUUGGCCACGCCGGACGACGAGACGAGCGACAUUUCUAACGCCUGCGAUAGCGAGAGCCGCGAGGAGACGGUGACCAGCAGUUCGACCGUGGUGACCUCCACGAAGGGCGGCACCAAAACGAAGAAGAAGAAGAUCGAGGGCGUCGCUGGUAACGAUGCCACCUCGCCGAACCUUACGCCGCGCACAAAGAAAACCAAGAAGAGCAAGAAGAGCGAUCUUGAGAAGGAGAACAUCUCCGUGUGUCGCAGCUUUGGCGACAUCUCGAACAUGAGCGAUGGCGAUCAGACGGCUUUCGGGAAAGCGAAUCACGCGAUGGAAACCGACGAGAAAUCGAGCUUCAACAAAUUCGACGCUCUCACCAAGAAGACUGUUCUGCACGUGCGCUCGGUCGAUGCCGGAAAGGUGCAACAACAGCUGAACGCCGUGGGUCAGAACGGCGAGGCGAACACGAAUUGUCGCAGCUGCGGCAAGGUCGUGUUCCAAAUGGAGCAGACAAAGGCUGAGGGUCUGGUCUGGCACAAGAAUUGCUUCCGGUGCGUGCAGUGCAGCAAGCAGCUUAACGUGGACAAUUACGAGAGCCACGAGAGCACGCUCUACUGUAAGCCACACUUCAAGGAGCUCUUCCAACCGAAACCGGUCGAAGAGUCCGACCAGCCCGUGCGACCUCGAAAGCCGGAGCUGAUCAUACGGGAGAACGAGCCGAAAGAGCUGCCGCCCGACGUGGUCAGAGCUUCCGACAAGCCCGAUCUGGGACUCGAGGAGCUCUCGAGUCUGAACGUGAAGUCGCGCUUCCAGGUCUUCGAGAAAGCCAGCACGGAGAACGCCAAUGAGAUCGAGAGGUCGCCGUCGCAGAUCGCCGUCAAGAGGUCGCCCAGCAUCCUCAGCAAACUGGCCAAAUUCCAGGCCAAAGGUAUGGACAUUGGCGUGGCAGACGAGUCUCUCAAUGGCAUACCCUACGAGGAAUCCAGCGAAAGCGAAGAGGAGGUGGAAACGGAGGAAACCGAAGAGGUGGAGACCGAGAUUGUGAAGGCGAAACGCACGACUCGCGAGCGUCCGAUCAGUUUCUCGAAGAUGGACGACAUCAAGAACCGUUGGGAGUCCACCAGCCAGCAGGGCAGGCGCGAGGUUCAGCGCGAGGCUAGGAAGGAAGAAAUCGCAGGAAUCCGCUCGCGACUGUUCAUGGGUAAACAGGGUAAGAUGAAAGAGAUGUACCAGCAGGCGGUAGCCGGAAGCGACCGCGUCACGAAGAUAAAUGCGGCGGAGGAGAUCCAGCAUUCGACCCACGCUCGCUCCAUCAAGGAAAGAUUCGAACGAGGCGAACCGAUCGCCACCUCGGACGACGAGAUCGACAGCAAGCCGAAACCGGAGAAAGCCGACGAGGAGGUGAUCGCGGCAGGUAUCAGCAGGAAGUCGCGGUCGCUCUUUUUGGAAUUGGACGCCUCCGCUGCGAAGACGGGCCGUCCAGUGACGCCGGUGCUUCCGAAGACGCCGACCGAGACCUCGCGGCGCGCACGAGACGCAUUCAUGGCUCGUCAAGUCUCAGACGACGUGGUGCGCAGCUCAGACACGACCGAGGAAGUCCACGUAGAAACAUCCGACAUUACGAACAAGUUCAAAUUUUUCGAGUCCUACAAGGAACCGGAGAAACAGCGGAAGCAGUUUCGCAUUACGCCGCCACGCGACGGACAAGUCAAGAUGGACUCCCCGGAUCGCGAGAUUUACCGCGAUCCCGACGUGGUCAGAGCCGACGACAGGGUGGAUGAGGUGGUGCACACAGACACCGCGAGGAAGAUGUUGUCCAUCUUCCGGCAGAUGGAGGAGAACGCAUGCAAGGAGGAUUUGCCGGAUGGCCCGAAGCCGUUGAAACGCUUCACACCGCCUCCCGAGGAUAAGUUCGCCAAAGCGACCGCCUCGGACUCGGAGGAGGACGAAGAUGAAGAAGGCGAGGAAUCCGACGGUGACGACAGCAACGAGGAGAGAGAUCCCAACUAUGUUCGUGCUUCCGACAAGGUGGAGGACGAGUUCCUGAAACAGGCGCAGAACGCGGCGCGCGCCAAGACCCUGCGCGCCAAAUUCGAGCACUGGGAGGAGACCGACGGCAAAGUCAGCAAUCACCAUAUCGCCGAGAUGGAGAUGGCCCAAGGCACAGGCGAGCAAUCCAGCAUAGAGUCCGCGAGCAGUCUGCGGGCCCGCUUCGAGUCCCUCGGCUCGCAGACCAACGAAUCGCCGCGCACGCCGAAGGUCAAAGUCAAUCGAUUUGUGUAAAGGAGACCGGAGGAUAUGCGCCUGGAUUAAAUCGCAUGCGAGGAGGAGGAGGGAGAGGAAGUAGGGGAGGAGGUGAAGGAGGAAGAGGAGGAGGAGAAUCGAUGGAGGAAGAAAGCGUCGUUGGGACAACCGCGGUGGAAAACCAGUUUCUUUCUUUCUUUUUUCCUUUUUCGUUUUCGUCAAUCUGGCGCGUUACGCAAUAACGGCAAUAACGUCCGGCCGUCGUCGAUCGCACGACAACGACCUUACCGAUUUUCUUAUUAGGAUUGCUUUCUCAACAACUGAGCCUUACGUUCGUAGAGUAAAUCUCGAGCCCUCGUAUAUAAGAAUGUACCAUAUGUCAUGUGUUAUAUAAUAUAUUACCUUACACCACGAAAGAGAGAGAGAGAGAGAGAGAGAGAGUUGGCGCGUGGUGGUGGCGAUCUGUCGAGCGUUUUGUCCGGCUACCGAUGGAGAAGGAAGAGACACGUCGCGACGAGAGGAAAGAAUUCGGAGACGAGCGGCUGUACAUCAAUGUGACGGGGGCAAUAACGCGUGUGUUCGACCCGCAGCUAGCGUGAGACUCAUCGCCGAGAACACGAGAUCGCAAGAGCACGCGAGAAAUUCAGCGCGUAUUUAUUCGCAGGCCCGACCGUCCUGUCAAUCCUGAUUUAUCUUCUUCUAAAUCUCUACGAGCGAGAGACGAGAUAGAGAGAGAGAGAGAGAGAAAGAGAGAGGUGGAUACGUAGAUUUCCGCUCUGCCGGUGAGCAGCCGCGCGAGUGCGCUUCCUCCGCUCGCAGAAACGCUCGACUUAUCCUCACACGCGCACGCACACGUGUCCGGGAGAAAAAGAGAGAACCGUAUUGUUCUACUAAUUUACUUAAUGUAUAAAAGACGAGCGCCCAUCCGCGUUGCGCGUCGUACGAUGCCCUCGCACGAUCGUCACCGCAAGGAGGACUCCUCUUCUGAAGUAAUCAUGCACGACCGCGCGAGGUCCCUGAGUAAGACGCGCUCCGAUGGACCCGCUGCUCCCGACCGAUGAGACUCGUAACGAUGCGCAUUCGAUCUUCCCCGUCACUAUCGAGACGCCGACUAACUCCGGAAGGAACGUUUCUCAAAAACGCUGGUCAAACGAAACUCUGAGCCGCGCGCGUAACCGCGCGUGAUCUACAUAGCAAUUAUUUUUAUAAUAUUUCCGACUCCUCUCCGAGAAUCGAGAGAAAUGUAACGUUUCCGCGAGGUGCCAAACUUUUCAUCGAGUACUCGUGCGAAGAUCUCUUCCUAUAGCUGUGUGUUCAUUUCUGACUGAUAAAAAAAAAAAAA